AUGGAUAUCAAGAGGGCGACCCCCUUUUCUACUCAGCCUCGCUUGAAGCUUGAUGGUGAUAAGCACUCCAAGGCUGAGCCAAGUUCGCUCCUUCAAAAACAUUUCGAACCGAGAAACUUUGUUCAUCUCCGCCUGAACAUCGUCUCCGACGGAUCUUCCAUAGCCCAAGAACGCGCGUUACAUGCCGUCAGGUCUCCAUCUCGCAGUCCAUGGCUUCUUGCUUUCAUGAAUAUCAAAAUAUUCCUGCAGCGAGAAGGAUUCGAUAUGCCGCUAGUUAACUGCUUUGGGCAAGCCUCACGAGAAGAGGCCUCAGCUUCGAUUUUCAACUUCCUCGCAUGGAAAAAUUCGCGGGAUUUGCAGCAGUGCAGCCUUGCAGUCUGCGGGCUAAUGGCGAGCGAGUCCUGCAGCCAUGCGCUCUCCCUCAUGGCUGUGGCUUGUCUUCCCUCCAUGUCGUCACUGCCACUCGAAAUGCCCACUACAGCUGAAGACUCGCAGCCGAUACCCGAAAGAAGAAAGAAAAGUACAAUUGUGGCCGUGCCAGACUUCAAAUCACUCGAUGUGGAUUUCUAG